AUGUCCGAAAAAAGACGUAAAAGAAGUUAUGACGAGAUACAGUCAUUGAAGAAGCAGCAGANUUGUAGUUAUUAUUAUAUAGAGGCAGAAGGAUUUAUUGAUGAACUUGAAGAAACAGAAAAACUUGAAGUAGCAUUCAAUCUUGAUACUGGAUUUUCUUAUAAUACUAACCCUGAAAUGUUUGAAAUGGAUUUCGAUGAUUGGAAAGAUACUAUAAUCGAUAGAGAAGAACCAGGAUUUGAAACGUAUACCAAAACACAUUUUAUCUACAAAGAUCUUUAUUGCGGUGAUUUAUAUAAUUUUUUACAAUUCAUAAGCUCUAUUCAAUCCUUAAUAGAAUAUGAUUCUACUUAUGAAUACGAUCAUUUAUUGUUGAAUGAAUCAACUAUUCAACAAAUGCUAGCUGUAAAACUAAAGGUAGAUGUACUAACACAAUAUUUACAGCCUUUUUGGAAAAUGUACAUGUUUGCAAUUUAUAUAAAAUACCAAACAAUGGGGAAUAUUUCAUCGAUGAAAUCACAUGUUAUGGCAAUUCUAGAAAAUAUAAAGGAUUCUUUAUCGUUAUAUACAACUAAUAACUGUCGAGAAAAUAAUAAAUACAAUAUAACAGCUAAAUUUUAUGCACUAGAAAAAAAAGAGAAGAUUUCAAUGAUAGAAAAAGUAAAGACAGUAAUGGUAAAUAGAAAUAAUAUUAAUAAUAUUUUACUGCACGGUGAAGAAGCAGAAGAUUGGGUUUCUCUUAAUUUAAUUUAUCUUCACGAAAUUAUUCAAAAUACAAAUAUGUUGAAAACUAUAAUAAUGGAUUUCGGAGAACAAAGUAAGAAAACUUUCAAAGUUAUUAUAAAAGAUAUUAUUAUUGCAUGUCAAGCUGCAAAGAAUUAUUAUUUGUUUGAUACAUGGAUUUCGAAAAUUAGAGUUUAUCAUGAUAAAAUCUUUAACAUCUUUAGAGUCGUAACUUUACAUUUUAUUAGAAAGCAUCUAAUGUAUUUAAGAAAUAAGGAUGAAAAAAUUAUUGUUAAGUAUAGUAAAGAAAUGUGUAAUUUCUUGCGACGUAAUGAGUAUACAUUUAAUUUGUUAUUUCCUCAUUUUUCAAAUUUCUCAGAUAGGUUAUUAUAUAAUCUAGGAAUAUUCUUUAAAAACUAUAAUGAUGCAAAUAAUAGUAUGAUCGGAAGGGUUGAAGACAUGAUAGAAGAAUCAUUUUUUGUUGAUUCAUUUGAAAUAUUAAAAAUAGAAGUAAAUAACGAAAUAUAUAACAUGAAUUCAAUUGAGAAAACUAAUUCACUUAUGAAAUUAGUUCAAAUAAGCAAAGAAAAAAUAGAAGAUUUUCAAAAUAUCUCUGAUAACAUAGGCUUGAAUGAUAAUUUUGAAAGGUUUAAUAUAUUUUUAGAAUAUUUUAAAAAUAUAUUUAAGCAUAAACUUAGAGUUUUAUGGUCGUUCAAACAAUUUAGUUCGGACUACAAUAAAACUAAAAGUCGGAAGCGGCAAGAAGAAAAAUUUCUUGACCUAUAAUAUUAUAAUUGUUGUCAUAAAUCUUAAUCUAAAUUUAAUUUUGAGUGUCCAAUAAUAUUAAAAUUAAUAAUGUUUGAACGGUUAAAGGUUUUUAUUUUACCAGUUAAAUUAUGAAAAAUGAUCCAUUGUACUUCGAGUAUUUAAAUUAUUUAAAAAACUAUGAAUUCAUAGAUUUUGUUCGUAUUAUGGUUGACUAAAUAAUCAAACUUAUGUAAUUUAAAAGAAUUAAUUAUAAUAUUUCAUGCUUAUAACAUAAAUUAUUUUUAUUACAUUGUAAUGUUAUAUUAUUACUUAUAAUAAUGAUCACCAAAACAGGGUUCUCUUAUUUAAAAUACAAAAUAACCAGUUUAUUAUGGGAUAAAAUCUAAUUAUCGUCUAAUUUAUUUGGUCUUAGAAUAUUUUUAUUUAAAACUAAAUGACACUUAGAAAUAUUAAAGUGAAUUUUGUUUUGGUGAAUAUUUUAAUUUAAUUUAAUUUGUUCAUUGAAUAAUAAUGUUUUAUUUUUCUUAUUAUGGAA